AUGGCGAUGGAGAAGCAGGAUCAUCAAGUGGUUGCUGGCCAGCACCCGACACCCAUGAAAUUUUCCCGUUACCGUUCCGUGAGAAAAGCCGCGGCGAAACAGCCACCACCACCACCGCAAUCCUGCCCCCUGCCCCCGCCGCUGCCCAUCCCGCCUGUCGCUUCCGCGUCGCCGUCGCAUGACCGGCCAGCACUCCCCAAUGGCUCCAGCAAUGGCUCCAGCUCCGUUCAGAGGAGCAUGUCGCGAUACCGUCGCAGGGCUCCUACUGCGCAAUCUGCCGAUGCCGAUACACAACCUCCCGUCCCAGCCCCUCCCCCGGCGUAUAAAGCGCAAGUCGACCCCAGUGCCAAUGGAGGUCCUGUUCACCCACACUUUCAGGACUCAGAGGGCGCCGAGAUGGUGCGAAUGCGAAACAAGCUGGCGAGCAAAUUGGCCGCGCGAGAGAAGCGGCACCAGGAAAAACCGGAGGAUGAUGAGGCGGAGCGCGAAAGACACCGACAGAAUGCGAUGGAUCGGCUGACCGGCGGCGAAGCGAAGUCAGUGUCUACAACUCAUUCAAAACCUGCGUCGCGCGAUAGAUCAGCCGACAAAGCUGAGGAGUAUGCGGUUCGUCGUCCCCAUAAGGAAUCGGAGCAUCGGAAACCCCAGACUGGAUCCGCUUCGGCGAGUCGUCGCGCGAGCAUGGAACCGAGGCGCCAGUCGGUCAGUGAUGCAGCCAACCCAGCGCAUCGCAGAAGUGCGCACGGCGAUGCGUCAGCAGUCCCUGCGAUUGAUACCACGGUGCCUGCUCAGUUCCCAGGGAUUGAUGCGCCGGUAUCGGCUGUCAAUGCGCGCGAGCGGCGGGUGCUGGUUCAAUACCGCAAAUCAUCUGCGCGCAUCUGCAUCACUCCCUCCACAUCUGCUCAAGACAUUGUCGCGACUGCAUUGGAGCAGAUGGAUGCCGGGGUAGACCCAGAAAAGUUCAUCCUGAUGGAGUCGUUCGCGGAGCUGGGGCUGGAACGGCCAUUGCGCCGCUACGAAUACGUACGGGAGGUGCUGAAUUCUUGGACCCACGACGAACAGAACACAUUGAUUGUCGUCCCUGCAGCUAGUCUGGAUGCGCUAACCCUGCUCGAUGCGCGGAACGUGUCACUCGGUCCACCCGCGGAUGUGACCUACUACAUGUACUACUCGCAGCGGCCUCGCAAAUGGGAUAAACGCUACGUGACCCUCCGGUCCGACGGCCAAGUGACCGUCUCCAAGAAGGAGAAUGCCCAAGAUGCAACCAACGCUUGCCACCUUUCUGAUUUCGACAUCUACUCUCCUACCGCCAGCUACCUCGCGAAGAAUGUCAAGCCGCCCAAAAAGUUCUGCCAGGCUGUCAAGAGCCAGCAAAAAUCCAACAUGUUCCUCUCGACGGAGAAUUUUGUCCAUUUCUUCUCGACCAACGACCGCGAGACUGCCGAUGGCUGGUACCGGGCCGUCCAAACCUGGCGCAGCUGGUACCUGGUGACGAAGCUGGGGGCAGGCCAGCCGGCGGAAGCAGAAGCCAUGCAGCCGGAUGAGGCCCCAUUCAAGCCCUUGCUGAACCCCUUUGAGGAACCAGCCAACGAGGUGAAACCGUCGCAACCCGCGUUAGAACGCGCCAAAUCCACAAAGACCAAGGAGCUCUUCUCCCACAAGAAGAGCACCCGCGAGCGUGGGCCUCCACCUACAUCGUUCCCCAAGCUUCUCACCGGCGACUCCGACCUCGCUACAGGCUCGUCCUCGGAUGAAGCCCCCUUCUCAGCAUCCGGCCUUCUCGGCCGAACCUACACCAUGCGCCAACGCGCAUUGAAAGAGCGCGAAGAGCAAGAAAAACGAGACAACGAAGAACUCAUCAAACAAGGGCUGAUCGGCACCAUGGGCUCCCGCCACCCCAGCCGUACCAACACCAUGACAUCCAGUCACGGCCCAGACCCCAACCUCAUGCGACGCACGCAAUCCAUGAAAAACAAACCCCUCGUCGACCUAACCCCGGUCUACCAAGAGCCUCCACAACACAUCCGUAAAGGCCGCGGUAUCGCCGUGGAACCAGGGCUGCCCCUAAUCGACGCCGCCACGGGGCCCGAAGCCCCAGGCGGAAUUCAAAUACCCUCCGCCACGACCUGGCGAAGACCGCAGGUGCCGCCUGAACCGCCCAUGCCAGAGGUCCGCACCCGCAAUCGGUCCAACACUGCCCGCAGCGUCAACAACCAACAGCGAUACCAUCAUACCGCUCCGACCACGCCAACCGACGGGGAGAAUCUGCGCAGCCAAGACGGCCCGUUCAUCCCUAACAGUUUGUUGGCACGAUCUACACCGCACCAAAAUAUCCAAGGGUCUCCGGUCGGCCAUGGCGUGGCAACGGGGGAUCGCAAUGCCGCGAAACCAAUGUUGGAUAUGUCGCCGGACAACCCGUUCGCGGAGGGUAGUUUGUUACGGGGGUUGUGA